GAGUGUCUGUGUGUGUGACAAAGUGUUUGACCCUGUUCCCAGUUAAACCUAUGUUUGACACGGACCAUCACAUUAUAUCAUCAUGACCUGACUUUAAGGUCUGAACGUGCAACAUUUGGAUCUUCUGAUUUUGGAUUUUGUGCCUUUUCUUUGCAACUCUGUGAAUUAACUGAGUCUGGAGCCAUGGAGGUGUGUAUGAGGAGGUAUUUGCGAGAAAUAUGGGUUCUCCUGCAUCUGACAGCUUGUGUGGUAGGUAUGUCAGGGAGAUGCAGUCUGUUUGGACGACACCACGUUCACACAUUUGAUGGAGUUUUGUACGAGUUUCCUGGAGACUGCAGCUACCUACUGGCUGGGGACUGCAACCAUCGCUCCUUCACACUUCUGGGUGAUUUUGUCAAUGGCAAAAGAACAGGAGUCACUUUGUUUCUGGGAGAUGCCUUUGAGUUGCACCUGUCUGUAGAUGGCCGGCUCACACAAGGAGAAAAAAGACUGUCUCUGCCCUAUGCAUCUCAUGCUGUGUUUGUGGGCUCUGAGCUGGGCUUUUAUAAGCUCUGGAGUGAGGAGUUUGGCUUCACCGUUACCAUCGAUAAUUCAGCCAACAUUGCCUUGACACUGACCAAGCACCAUGCCAACCGCACCUGUGGCCUCUGUGGAAACUUCAACACUGUAUCAGCUGAUGAAUACACCGCUCAAGAGGGAUUCCUAACGGAGGACAGUUAUGACUUUGCAAAUUCGUGGGCUGUGAAGGGGGCCGAUCAGUCUUGUCGACGUGUCUCAAAUCCCAGCCAGUCCUGUAACAACACCAAAGAGACUCCAGAGAUUCUGUCCAGAUGCAGUGUGUUGCAGACCUCCAGUGUUUUCCAGCAUUGUGCCCACCUGGUCUCUCCCGACGCGUUCCUGUUGCUGUGUCAGGAGGAGGCAUGUCACUGUGGCCUGAAGGAUGGGGAAGACUGCUACUGUCCAAUCCUGUUGGAGUAUGCCCGCACAUGCCACGCCCACGGGAUACUUCUACGGGGUUGGCUGGAGGAGAGCCAGUGCUUCCCCAAGUGUCCAAUUGGGAUGCAGUACAGUGAAUGCACCAAGUCCUGCUCUACAACCUGCCAUAGUCUCAACAUCCAGGAGGUCUGCAAGGAGGAGUGUGUGGACGGCUGCACAUGCCCUGUUGGGAAAGUUCUGGACGGUAAUCGCUGUGUGGAGGUAUCUCAGUGUUCUUGUGUCCACAUGGGACGACAUUUCCCUCCAGGAUCCACCAUCUCUCAGGACUGCAACACUUGUGUGUGUCGUCACGGUUCUUGGGAAUGCACCAAUGAAGGUUGCCCCGGUGAGUGCUUGGUGGUGGGUCAGUCUCAUUUCAAGACCUUUGACAAUAAGUUCUUCACCUACACUGGCCACUGUCAGUAUCUGCUGGCAAGAGACUGCACAGACAGCGGGUUUUCUGUCAUUAUCGAGAACGUACAGUGUGCAGACGAUCAGGAUGCUGUGUGCACACGCUCAGUGACGCUCAGCCUGCCCUCUCUGGAGGACAUGACAGUGAAGCUGAAGCAUGGAGGAGUUGUCUCUGUCAACAGCAUGGACAUCCAGACCCCAAUGCAUCAUGGCCAUCUGCAUAUCCAGAGAUCUGUCCAGUCUUCUGUAUGUGUGAAGUUUGGAGAUGACCUUCGUCUUGACUGGGAUGGGCGAGGCCGGGUCCUCCUAAAGCUGGGACCACGAUGGGCAGGGAAGACCUGUGGUCUCUGUGGAAACUUCAAUGGUAACCAAGGUGAUGAUUUCCUGUCUGGUUCUGGACUGGUUGAGGCCGGUCCUCAAGCAUUUGGCCAGUCCUGGAGGAUCAACGGAGACUGCGAAUCCACCCACAAACAUGAGAUUGAUCCAUGUGCCACAAACCCCAAAAGAGUGCGUUUUGCAGAAGAGGCAUGUGCGGUGAUGAUGUUCGACGUGUUCAGUCCGUGCCACUUUCUGGUGAACCCGGGUCCUUUCCAGCGAUUCUGUCGUUAUGAUGUUUGUGCGUGUGUGGACGGUGAGGAGUGCCUCUGCUCUGCUCUGUCUGCCUAUGCAGCUGCCUGUGCUGCCAGAGGAGUGCUGCUCAGCUGGAGGUCUCCCUCACUCUGUGAGAUGGAGUGCCCCAAAGGCCAAGUGUAUGAGGCCUGUGGGAGUGUGUGUGACCGGACGUGCCGUGCUCUAUCUGGGGCUGAGGCAGGCUGUGAGGGGGAGAGGAUGUGUGAGGAGGGCUGCUUUUGUCCCCCUGGAAAGUACCUGAGCGACACUGGAGAAUGUGUGACAGCUGACAUGUGCACCUGCCUGCAUGACGGACAGCUCUAUCAGCCUAAUGAUGUCUACGCAGAUCACAACAGCAUCUGCUACUGUGAGAAUGGCUCCAUGCGCUGUAGCUCCACUGAAAUGAGUACUUUGCUGUCUGACCUUUUCUACGAUGAUGACCUGGCACCAUCCAGAGAGCGGCGGUCGGCCCAGUGCCCUCCUCCAUUAAUUCGUACAGAGUGUAAUGCCGGAGAAAAAGGCCUGGAGUGUGCCAGGACCUGCCAGAAUCUGGAUUUGCCCUGUGUCAGCCUCGCCUGCAUACCUGGCUGCCUUUGUCCCCCUGGCACAGUACGUCACCGCAGAGACUGCAUUGCACCGGAGCAGUGUCCCUGUUACCAUAACAACAGGCCGUAUACAUCAGGGCAGACCAUCUCUGUGGACUGCAACACCUGUGUGUGUGAGAACAGAAAGUGGCGCUGCACAGAGAAGUUGUGUGAUGGGGUCUGCCGUACUGUGGGAGAAGGGCAUUACAUCACUUUUGAUGGCCUCAAGUAUUCCUUCCCUGGCCUCUGCCAAUAUGUCCUGGUCCAGGAUAUGUGCAACGGAGAAGAGGGUUCAUUCAGAGUGCUGGUGGAGAAUGAGGCCUGUGGAAUUGUGGGACAUCGCUGUGCAAAAGCUAUCACAAUCUACUACGAGGGAGGGCUGAUUGUAAUGCAACAUGGAGAGGUGAAGAUGAAGAGGCCGGUGUUGCAGGGCUCACAGGUGGAGAUUGUACGAUCUGGUCAGUUUUACACCCUGCUGCUGGGGAAACACAUUUCCCUCAGCUGGGACAAGGGAACCCGUCUCCUGGUCCACAUCUCAGCCACGUACAGGGGCCGCGUGUGUGGUUUGUGUGGUAACUUUGAUGGAAAUGUCAACAACGACUUGUUGAGCAGUAACAACCAGCUGGAGGUGGACUACUCCCACUUUGGGAACUCGUGGAAGGUCGUUCCCAGCUGUGCCGAUGUCACACAGAUACCCUCUUCUUGCAGUGACAAUAUUGUCAAGUUAGUGACAGUGGAGCAGUCAUGUCGUGUGAUCACUAGUCCCCUCUUUAGAGAAUGCAACAGCCAGGUGGAUGCAGAGCCAUACAUGGAGAUGUGUGUGGAGGCGGCGUGCUCUUGUCCGUCAGUGGGCGACUGUGCGUGUUUCUGUGACGUCAUCGCGGCCUACGCUCAAGCUUGUUCAGAGAGGGGCGUAUUUGUCAGCUGGAGAUCUAAUGAUCUUUGCUCCAUGAGCUGUGAGGAGCUGAACCCCAGGAUCCCAGGUGUAGGAGAGGAGUUAUGCCAGUGGAGGUAUAAUACUUGUGGCCCUGCUUGUCCAGUCACCUGCCAGCACCCAGAUCCACUCCACUGUUCGCUCACAUGUGUGGAAGGAUGUCAUGCUUACUGCCCACCAGGCCAACUACUGGAUGAGGUGGCCAUGCGUUGUGUAGAUCCUUCUCAGUGUCAAGUGUGUAUCCAUGACGGUCAGAGAAUCUCCCACGGCAACAAGGUCAUCCUGAACCAUGAUGACCCAGACCACUGCAAGAUAUGUCACUGUGACAACAACACCCUCAGCUGUGAAGUUUGUUCCUCCUCCACCAUAUUCACUACUCCCACACCGACACCCUCCUAUGCCAGCUUCACAACCCUGCCUUUCACCACCUUAAUGCCAGAGGGCACCUGUGACCGCGCCAUGGAUCUGGCAUUCUUAUUGGAUGGUUCAGAAGAGCUGACCGAAGACGAAUUUCAGGCAACCAAAGAGUUUAUACUGGGAGUGGUUGAACGAUUUCGCAUGGGCUCGGCUCACACUCGAGCCACAGUGUUGCUUUACCACUCUGGAGUGAAAACAUAUGACCUCCAGGUUCAGAAGUGGCUAUUUAAGAAGACUGUGCGUGAGCUGCAUUACACAGGGGGAGAUGCAGCCUUCUUGGAUGAGGCCGUCAAGUAUCUGGCUAUCAACAUCUACGAUAAGAACAAGCGUGAGCAUGCUGGCCGUGUCGCCAUCAUCUUGACUGCCAGCCCCAACCCUCGUCCCGUCCGCGCCCUAGUCAAGAUGCUGCGUAAAAAAGCCAUCACCACCCUGACAGUGGCAUUGGGUCCUGGGAUAAACAUGGGGCAGAUUAAUGACAUCACCAAAGCCAACCCAGAAAACAGGGCCUAUGUGCUUAGCAGCACAGCUGAGCUUCCUGAUCGUCUGUUAGACCUGACUGAUUACCUCUGCACAUUGGGGAUGGAGCCUGAGGUACCAAAAGUACCAGCACCACAGGCUACUCUAGGUAAAGCUCGCCAGAGCACGACCACAACUACCCCUACUCCUAGUCUGGAGCCAAACCCCACACAACACCGCCCCAACACCCCUGCAUCCACCACACUCUCUGGCCUGUCUCCCAUCACCACAUCACCAUCUUCCAUUUCACCAGUCAAAGAUGUGACAUUCAUACUGGAGGGCUCUGAUUCAGUUGGCGAGAUCAACUUUAACAAGUCGCUCCUCUUCCUGGAGGAAGUUAUCACAAAGCUGACAGAAGAGAAGGAGUUCAUUCGCAUUACUGUCAUCCAGUACUCCGUAACGGUCACUGUGGAAAUCAGUCGGUGGGAGUUGAGGCAACAGAGGACCCUGCUGCUGCAACGACUGAGAGAGAUUCGCUGGAAAGGUGGAAGUAAGACGAACACAGGCGCAGCUGUCACUACAACCUUCCAGGAAAUUGUGACCGUCCAGCCUUCUCGCGGCCCCACCCCUCCUCAGCUCGUCUUCCUUGUGACAGAAAACCCGCCUACUGACACGGUGACACGCCCACCAUCCACCAGCACCUACACACAAGUGUAUCCUAUCGGAGUUGGACCAAAAGUGCGUGAGAUUGACUUUUUGCCAUUCAGCUCCCCUCAGCGUCCACUGAUGGUGGAUGACUACAACCAUCUGACGACCCUCGUCCACCGUGUAGUCAAUAUCACACGCACCACAGUCAGGCCCCUCUCUCCGACACUGCCACCCCUGGUCCUCCCAACAUUGCCACCCUCAGUGCCGUGUAAGAAGCCUGUGGAUGUGUUGUUCCUGUUGAAGGCUGGAGACCGGUUUGAGGACAUGAAGACAUUUGUUAAGGCUUUUGUCAGGGAUGCUGACAUAGGGCCGAAUGCCACUCAGGUGAGUGUGGUUCAGUAUGGAGACACUAACACGGCAGAGUUCACCUGGAGGGAUGAACAGAGCAAAUCACACCUCCUGAACCUGGCUGAGAGCAUACCAAGCAGGCCCACUGCUGCCCCCGCACUAGGAUCUGCACUACGAUUUGCUGUGCAGACGUCUAUCUUGCCAGCCAGUGGCGGAAGGGUGGGUGUACCCAAGGCUGUGGUGAUGCUGGUCACCGACAAAUCAGCUGAUGAUGUCGGAGAGGCAGUUAAUGAAGCACUGGCGGCAGGUGUGUCCGUGUUCCCCAUCGGGGUGGGACCAAGCUACGACAGGACUGAGCUUAGUUUGCUCGGUAGCCAUGGCAACCAAGACAACACCCUGCACUUAAACAGCAUGGAUCAGUUACUGAUGUUGCUGACUCUGGACCAUGGUUACACAGAGAGGAUCUGUAGAGCUGGUCCACCAGGAGUGUGUGUUGAUGAUAACGGAAAUGAGAGAAAACCUGGUGAGUCAUGGCUGCUGGAGGACGGCUGCCACUCUCUUCUGUGCCACCCCGGUGGGGCAGUGACAGUACAGAAUCACAAAGUCAGCUGUGACAGAUUGGAGCCGCCAGCCUGCAGAAACAACAUAUCACCGGUCAAAGUCCAGGAGACCUGUGGCUGCCGCUGGGAAUGCCCUUGCAUGUGUAUGGGCAGCUCCACCAAUCAUGUGGUGAGGUUUGACGGCUUGGCACUUAGGCUGGAUGGGGAGGGCUUGUGCUCCUACACGCUCCUCACUGUCAGCAGAGGCAUCGGUGAAGGGUCAGAGGUCAAACUCCACAACGGACCUUGCCAGGACUCAGGGAAUUACAAUCAGGUCUGCAUGACAGCCAUAGAAGUGAUUCAUGGACCACACAAGCUGCUGCUGAAGGAUGAUAUGACGGCAGUGAUUGAUCGGGAAGUGCUUGCACUGCCGUGGCGGUACGGUGGCCUGGAGCUGGUACGUUAUGGAGGAGUGAUGCUGCAGCUGAAAUCAGACCACGGUUAUGUCCUGACUUUCACUCCGCAGAGCAAUGAAUUCACCAUCACACUGCUGAGUUCCUCCACCACCGAUGACACAGCUGGGCUCUGCGGUGCCUGUGGGGAGGAGAAGGUUAAUGUCCUGUCUUUACGUAAUGGCAGCUCGACCACCAACCAGCCAGCCUUCAUCUCAGACUGGACUGUGGCUGUAGAUGGCGGUGUGUGCCUGCCAAAACAUAAGGCAGUGUGUGUGUCUGGAGCAGCGAUGGGAUGUCAGGCCUUACGUUCUGAGGUCUUUGAACCGUGCCAUGUGCACAUUCCCGUCCAGGUGUUCCUCGCCAAGUGUGAGGAACAGGCAUGUGAAGAGUCAGAUGUGUGCGAGCUAAUAUCAGCCUAUGCACGCCUCUGCAGAAAGAGAGGUGUGUGUGUCGACUGGAGGAGCCCCCACCUCUGCCCAUUAAAGUGCCCCAGUUCCAUGGAGUAUGAUGCAUGUCGGACAGGGUGUGUAGAGGACUGUGCUAGCAUACAGACGUUGCCUGGCGACUGGUCGUUUGCAAGGAAUAACGAGUCAUCAUGUAUGGACACACCUACUGAGGGCUGUUUCUGUACUGGAGGGAUGGUUUUGCAUCACGGACAGUGUGUAUCACCAGAAGCAUGCAGGCAGUGUGUCGACCACCAGGGACACAUGUAUACGUAUAUGCAGAGUUGGGUACCAGAUGAGAACCCAUGUCAGAUUUGCAUGUGUUUGGACCAGCAACACAUCAACUGCACAGCCCGGCCCUGCAAUGACAUGAAACCUCCAGUGUGUGGGCCCUGUGAGAUCCUGAGGGAGAAGAGAGAGUCAAAGUGCUGCCCAGAGUAUGAGUGUGUGUGUGAUCUGGUGAACUGUGACCUGCCUGAUGUGCCCCGCUGUGAGGAUGGUCAGACUGUGGUUCUGAAAAACCCCGGAGAAUGUCAGCCCAUACACCAGUGUGUCUGCAAAAAGGAUGAGUGCGCCCUUCAAGUUCCCCCCACUUGUCCCAGACAUCGCCAACUGUCAGUCAAAAAGACAAAGUGCUGUGAUGUGUUUGAAUGCGCGUGCAGCUGCCAGAACUCCACCCGCACCUGUCCUGUUGGGUUCAUCACGUCCUCCUCUACCAACGACUGUGGCUGCACAGAAACUAGCUGCCUGCCAGACAAGGUGUGUGUGGUUGGUGGAGUGAUUCACCCCGUGGGGAGUCAAUGGGAGGAGGGAUGUGAGAAGUGCAGCUGCACCCAGCUGCAGGACAAAGAGACAUCUCUGCACAUUCCCCAGUGUACCCCACCUGUCUGUGAUCGGACCUGCCCUCUGGGCUCGACAUACAGUUCGUCAACAGGAGAGUGCUGUGGGAAGUGCUCACCAACCAGCUGUGUGGAGUCAGAAGGAGAGAUGAGAGGGGACACACUGAUUGGGGGAAACCUCAGACAUGUGGGUGAGGUAUGGCAGUCUCCACAUGAUAAAUGUGUGUUACAUCAGUGUGUGAAAGUGAAAGACGAAGUGUUCAUCUCCGCAACUAACGUCAGCUGCUCUGCGAUGGACACUCCAUCCUGCCCUCUGGGAACUGUGUUACGCUGCGACACCCACGACUGCUGCCCCCACUGCCACUGUGCUCCUAUGGACGCCUGUGUCCUCAACAACACAGUGAUAGGAGCGGGGGAGAGACUGAUGGUGGAUGAGUGUACACAUUGUGAGUGUAUCGUGGAGGAAGGUGCCGUGAGGAAAUACAGACCGUCCUGCAGGACACUCAGCUGUCCCACUUGCCCCACGGGAUACACUCUGCAGAAGGAGGAAGGUGCUUGCUGUGGUCACUGUGUUGCCACCGCCUGCAUCAUGAAAAGCCUGGAUGGACAACUAAUCAGUCUACAGGUGAACACCACUAAGGAGGACGGUUGCAACUUUUAUACAUGUGGUGUGGACAGUAAAGGAGAUCUUAUCCUGCACACCAGAGUGACCACCUGCCCUCCUUUUAACCGCCAAGCCUGCCUGGAUGAGGGGGGGAAAAUCAGCCAGAUCGGAACAACGUGCUGUGAGAUGUGUACGGAGCCACAGUGUCGGAAGACUCUAGGAACACUUAAGUACAUCAGAGUGGAUGAUUGCCAAUCAGAGCACCAGAUAGAAUUGCACUACUGUGAGGGCAAAUGUCACAGUAAGUCCAUGUACUCCCUGGAGAGGGCCGCUGUGGAGCAGGAGUGUGUGUGCUGUUCUGCUGUGGAGACAGAGCCUCUCAGUGUUCCCGUCCUGUGUGCCAACGGGACUCGUAGCCACCACACUGUCCUGUCUGUCACAGCAUGUGACUGUCUGUCCAAACACUGCACCUAGAUAGAGUUUAUAAAUGUAGAUCAUAUGUGUGUAUCCAAGUAAAAUGUACCCAUAUAAAACAGCAACAUAAAUAACAAUAAAGCAAACCUCUCAGUUUCUGUAAGCACUA